AUGGUAGCCCGUAUCCAUGAUACAUAUUAUGAUGCUAAGGCAACCCUGUUAUCAGAAGCCGACAUCAAGGAAAUUAGAGAAUCCAGAGGUAGGAUACCCAAUGCAACACAAAAAAUGGCUAGUAAAUUUCAUAUCGGACCUAAGCGUGUUUAUGAAAUAUGGGAUAACAAAGAACGCCUUCAGCAAGGGGUGGUCCCAGAGGGAGUAGUUAUUUCAUCUUCCUCCGGUCAGCCUGUUUUGGACGAGAAUUCCCAGACUGAUAAGAUAGAACAGACUGAGUCAAAUAUACAUGGCCAAAAUACAUCCCCCUUUGCAGAACUGGAAAAAAAUAUACGUGAUGCUAAGGUUGAGUCUAGCAAAUCUACCGAUUCAGCUUUAGAAAAAGGAGGCAGUAAGGCGAAAAAGACUGGAGGAAAGAAAUCGAAGUCCAAGUCCACGUUAGUAGAGCUAACACCAUCUAGUAUUCAGACUCAGCCAAUCCAGACUUCAAAGAAGGAUAUAAAUAAUGUAAAUUUGGAUGCAUCAUAUGAGAAGAUGGUCUAA